AUUUUCUUAAUUAGUAUUAAAUGAAUUCUUUAUAGCCGCCUCAACCACAAAUUUAAUAAAAUCAACCCUAAUAAUAAUAAAUACCUUAAUACCCAAAUUAUCCACCUCCAGAAAAUUAAGUUAGAUAUGAUCCAAGAACAGCAGCUACAUUUUUAAAUCCUAAAUCAAUUUAGAAGAAAGCUAAAUUUUGCCCGAUUUGUGAUUUUCCUGCUAGUGUAAGAGUUGUAAUAAAUCCUUGCAGGCAUUUUAUGUGUUAUGAAUGCUAUUAUAUUGAUGGAUAAACAUUUUGUAAAUUCUGCAAUGAUAUUGUUGGUUCUGUAAAAAGAUUAGAUGAUACAGAGAAAUUUUAUUCUUGUGAUCUAGAUACUUGCUUUAAGUAAAUGUUAUUAAAAACUUUAGAUAUUUUGAAUCCGAGUAAUAGUAAGAAGAACAUAACACAUAACAUGUUAUUUUAUAAGGUUGAUUUUCUAUGUUAAAAUUGAG